AACCAUUAACACUUCGUCUUCUAAUUUAGUUCUCGUUCUAAUGUUAUAAUAAGACUCUUGUUACUAGCAAAACAGCAUUGCCAAGUUUAACAUCAUGAUAUACUUUAUAUUUAAAGUAUAGGUUGUAUACAUGUUUAUAAUUUUUCGAUUUAUAUGUCAAUAUUAUUCUCAUAUUAAAAAAAUGUAUUGUAUAUGAAUUUCAAAUUUUAAAGAUAACUGAUUUAACUGAUGUAUUUCUAUGUAGAGUAUUGACACCAUAUUACAUAAAUCCAUGAUACAUGUAAUAUGGUCAUAAAUGCUUUUCUGAUAUAUAAAAAGCGGAAAAUUUGUGACUCAAUUUAAAAAAAGAUUAUUACAAUUUUUUUAUAAUAGUGAAAAAACAUUUAUGAGUUUAAAUAUUAGCAGAUAGUAAACAAGAAAAGCCGCGUAUAAUUUUCAGUUGUGCUAGGAGGGGCAAUGCACCAUGGGAACAAUUUGUGACAGGCGCAUGCGCAGAUCAGUUUACAGUUGGAGCUUGGAAGAAAAUGGCGUCAGCUAAGUUUCUGGAGGAAGCUCUGAGCACGGACGUCGAUGAAUCCGCAGUGAACGCGAUAGUAGGCUCCCUUGAAACCCAACUGGUAACAUCGACGCCGGUUAUCAAGUAAGUUCUGCGUCAAUCAGUCAGCAGAAUCAUUAGGUGAACAAUGGUAUUUCCAAUGGAGACACCAUCACCGCGGUACAGUCACAGAAACAUGGGGUUGUGGUGCUGUGGCGUGCGGGUUGAAGGCGGCGAGCACUCGCGAGAAAAUGCUCGUAUACUUGUCCCUCUGGUGGCGAGGAUAGGAAGGGCCGUCAAAACACCCCCCUGCCAAGGGGUCUAAGGUAUGGGCCUGCCAAUAAACUUACUGACGAGUUCGCUGGCAGGCCCUGAACGAAACGAUCUUCCUUUUCCCGCCUUCUUUCCUCUCUCUUCUCCUUCUGAUCCCGCUCACAUCGUAUAAAAGUCAAAUCUUCGUGAAACCCCUCCCAAAACCUUGGGGGGAGUGGAUGGCGGCUUCUUAGCCACCUUUGCAAACAGCCGGUGAACGGCGCCACUUUGCAGACGCUGAUUGCGCGCGCUUUCUUCUAGAUUCUUCCAGAUUCUCGUUUGCUCUCGUCGAUUGUCCACGUGCCUUCAUUCCGUUUUCACGCGCCGCAGCUUAUACAUAUUCGCGUUUAUACGGGUUUCAAACGGCGGCGGUGCUACUACAGUAAAUAGUCUGAUGAAUCAAGAAGUUACAAAGUCCAUUACUACGAGUACUCUCCUCCCUGUUAAUGUGGUUACUUCAAACACAGUGGCGCCACAAGUUACUACACAACAGCAACAGCAUACACAAUCAGCAGUCCCCCCUGCUGCUUAUAUUAAUCAAGUUACUACGAACCAGGUGACCAGUAAUCAAACAACAAAUAUACCAAGCCUUACUAAAACACAUGAGCCUGUCAAGAUUAUCUAUCCAACUGUUGGUCAAGUAAUAGCAACCACAGGGGUAGCAAAUGCAAAUAACAAACUUUCUUUUCCUGCACAAACUGUUGGACAAUUAGCCAAUGGUACUUUAGGAAUAACAUCGCAGGCAGUGUUACAGACAACAUCAAAUGUUGUUUCUAAUGUUGGCUCUGUCAGUGAAACAGGCAGUCAAACAGUUGCUAGUGUAAAUAAGCAGACAGGUACAGCUUUGGUGAUAAAAACUAGUGUAGCACCCAGUGGCAUGGUUUCGGUUCCAAUGUCUGUUCCUGUUUCUGUGGCUGGCAAUGCAGUCAGCACAGCACUACAGGGUAAAGCUGGAGUUACAUCUACAAUAGUACCUAGCAAUGUGCAAAUUCUUAAUGUUAAUACAAUGCGUCCUGGCACACCAGUGACAGGACAACAAGCAGGAAAACAAGUUGCACCUAGAGUAGUGAUUGGUCAACAUAUGCUUGGAACAAGACCUGGAGCUCCAGGGAUAACAUUACAAACGUUACAUGGUCUUCAACCUGGAACUCAAGGUCAUAUAUUAUUAAAAACAGAAAGUGGGCAAUAUCAAUUACUAAGGGUAGGGCCACCUCCAACAGCAGGUACACCUGGUACUGCAGUUACACCAAAUAGUAUAGCAGGAAAUGCAGUGGUUGCUGCACCAUCUCCAGGCACUACCUAUCGCUUAGCCUCAGUGCCGGCUACUGUGGCUGCAACUAUUACAACAGCAACUACAACUCCAGUAACAGUAACUGCAGCUGUGUCAACUGCACCUACACCUCCUGUUACUACAGUUCAAACAGUUCAAACUCCUACACCACGUCAAACUACAGAUAAUACCAAAGAAAAGUGCCGUAAAUUUUUAGCAAACUUGUUAGAGUUAUCUAGUCGAGAACCUAAAGCAGUGGAGCGAAAUGUUCGAACUUUAAUACAAGAAUUAAUUGAUACUAAAGUUGAACCUGAAGAGUUCUGUGAUAGACUUGAAAGAUUAUUAAAUGCAUCACCUCAACCAUGCCUGAUUGGAUUUCUCAAGAAAAGUUUGCCACUUUUACGGCAAUCUCUUGUGACAAAAGAAUUAGUCAUAGAGGGGAUAAAACCUCCUCCAGCUAAUGUUGUUUUUCCUGUAACAUCUGCUACUCCUGUAGUAACGCAGCAGAAUCAGCUUAGACCGACCGUCUCUGUAACACCUACAACAGUUCCUGUAACUGCAGUUACUGCAAGUACACAAGUAAGAGUAAUGACUCCAAUACCUGCAGCUACAACAACAGUCCCCAGACCAGCUCAGCCAGUUCAACAAAGGCUGAUACGACCUGUUACGACAGUAGUUCGUAGUCCUACAGGAUAUACUGUGAAAUCAACGGUAGCCGUAACUGGGAUUCGACCUACUGUCCCUACAGUUCAAAAACCACCUAUUACAACAACUGUUGUUAAAACAGUUACAACUACAACGCAAGGCAAAACAGUCAACACAACUACUACUGUUAAUAAAGCCAUAGUGCCUUCUUUUGUUCCAAAGCCAGUUACUAAAGAAAAAGAAAAAAAGACAUUUUCAUCUGCAGGAUAUACGGGAGAUGACGAUAUUAACGAUGUAGCAGCUAUGGGUGGUGUUAAUCUUGCUGAAGAAUCUCAAAGGAUACUUGGUUCUACAGAAUUUGUUGGAACACAAAUAAGAUCUUGUAAAGAUGAAGUGUUUUUACAUAUGACGCCAUUACAACAAAGAAUUAAACAAAUUGUUUCUAAUUAUGGAUUAGAAGAACCUAAUCAAGAAGUUGCGGCAUUGAUAUCGCAUGCUGCACAAGAAAGGUUAAAAAAUUUAGUAGAAAAAUUAGCAGUAAUUGCAGAACAUAGGAUAGAUUUGAUAAAGGUGGAUCCACGUUACGAAGUAACACAGGAUGUUAGAGCACAAUUAAAAUUUUUGGAAGACUUGGAUAAGGUGGAACGUAGAAGACAUGAAGAACAAGAAAGAGAGUUACUUUUACGUGCUGCUAAAAGUCGUGCGAAAACUGAAGAUCCAGAACAAGCUAAGUUAAAGGCAAAAGCUAAGGAGAUGCAACGUGCAGAGAUGGAAGAAUUAAGGCAAAGAGAAGCGAAUUUGACAGCUUUGCAAGCAAUUGGUCCACGUAAAAAGCCUAAACUUGACGUAGGUGCAUCUGCUAGUAGCCCAGGCAGUAAUACCGGUUUGAACACUUCAGCUACUGGAAUUAAUAGACAAAUGCCAAUGAGACCACGUUUAAAGAGGGUGAAUUUUAGAGACUUAUUGUUUUUCCUUGAACAAGAGAAAGAAACGUGUAGGAGUACAAUGUUGUAUAAAUCAUACUUGAAGUGAUGUUCUGUAAAGGGCAGGAACUUAUGUGAUCCGCCCAAUUUUUGGCGCCCUACCUGUAUGGUCUUGUGUGAGCUGGCCUCAAUGGACCUUAACGAAUCAUGUAACGUUAGUGUACGUUGCGUUGUACAGUGUUUGAUAAGUUACAUACAAUUCAUUACGAAUCACAUCAGGAUUCCACAUACAUUCAAAAUAAGAUUAUUUCUAUCAUGUCGAUAAGCUUCCCUAAUGUAAAUGACUGAAGGUUUUUUAAAUGUAAUAUAAUAGAUUGUUCUUUAUUUUUCAACACAAAAUUGCAUCAUUGAUAAGAGUAUGUGUAUGAGCACAUGCCUGAUGAUCAGUCUUGGGUAGUUUCUAUAUGGCAAGGACAUGUAUGAUCAUAUAUAAAUGUUGUUAUAUGGUGCAUGUAUGCUGAAUGAAUGAGUGUACAUUAUCAUUUAUGUAUAUGCCUGCUGCAUUGUAACACUUGACCUAUACUUUUGGACACUGUAGCGCUAGUGUAAAGAGUGCAGGUUUUGUUAACAUAGUAAAUCGUAUUUUUGCAAAUUGUAAUGUAAUAUACUGUGAGCACACUGUCCAAAAAGUAUGGAAUAAUUUGUACAAUACCUUACAUAUAAAAUACAAAAAUAGUGAUAAUUUCAAUGUUGGUACAACAGAAUAUAGCUACUCUCCACGUAAGAUGGAAUUGUUAUCAGUAUAUUAUGUUGUAAUCUACAUUUUCAGUGUUUAUAAAAGAAUUAGCUGUUACGUUUUUUAUUAAAGAAAUAUUUACAAAAGUAAAAAUUACGAAUAUUUUUUCGAUUAACGUUAAUUUAAUUAUUUAUAUUUCCUCUUUGGAAUUAAUGCAGUUUUUGCUAAUGUUCAAAAAAAGUGUGCUUCACAUAAUCAAUUGAAAAUAAUUCAAAGCGUGUACCUGAUUUAUAAUGUAAAAAAAUUUGCUGCAGAUGUACGUGGGUGCCUAUUAUCGUACAGAGUAAUUAAAAAGAUAUCGAUCUUUCCUAAAUUGCUCAUCACAUGAGCAUUUUACAUGUGCCCGAAAUAGAUUUUUGUGGAAUAUUAAAAAAAAAAAAAGAAAUCAUUGUAUAUGUUUAUUAAAGAUAUCGAUGCAUAUACAUAUAUAUACAUAUACAAGUAUACGCACGUAUCAUUUAUUGCGUUUAGAUUUGAUUUUUAGUACAAUAUUGGUUUAGAAUUUUUUAUAAUAGCUUUUGUUGUAAAAUAGCUUCUAAUUUUGAAUGAUUUGUGUUCAUUCUUACAGAUCUAUAUACAGAACAAGAAAUUGAAUUUUCAUCUCAAAUGUAUUAAAUACUGUACACGAUAACGAUACCAGAAGCCAUCGAUUUUUAUAAGCUGUAAUAUAAAUUUGAUAUAAGUUUGUUGACACAAUAGAAAUUUUUCUAUUGUAUUGUCAUAGUUUGAAGUUGCAGAAUAUGAUACGAAGUAUACUAUUUAUUUUUCUUAGCAAUCCAUGUAAAAUAGUUAUUUCAGAUUAUCCGAGUAUAUACAAGAAUUAUAGAGAAUCUAAAAUAUCCUGAUAAUCUGAAUUAACUGAAAUGAUUUCUCAAUCAUUUUCGUGCUUCCAUAUUUUUUUGGAAUGCACGAUACAUUUCUUGACAGGCAUUCAUAAAAUAAAAAAAAAAAAAAAAAAUAAAAAUAAGAUAUAUUAAAAAGGCACGUACACCUGUGAGUCUUCUAGUGUAAAUAACAGGAAAAUAAAAAGCGAAUCUACGUAACGUUUCGGUUACAAUUACGUGAAACGUAAUUGCUUCAACGGUUCAAUAUUGAUUAAAAUAAUAAUACGCGCACAAGACUGAAUUGUGUAAAAGAUAUUAAGUUAAAUUGAACUAUUAACAUUAACUAUCCAUAGCGCUGAUUAAUUAUGAGAUGAAUCAGUACAAAGGAAAAAGGAAAAAAAGAAAGGAAGAAAAUUAUUUAAAAGUGUAAUAGGUGCAAAGUUAUAAUUGCAAUAUUGAUCUCAACUAUAUAAUUCUAUUUGUUAUUGCGUGCACCAAGAAACGAUUGCCUUUUUAUAUAUAAAUAUAUAAAUAUAUAUAUAUAUAAUAGCAAUUGAUAAGUUUUUCAUUACGAGAGUGAGCGAGCGAGCGAGCGAGCGAGCGAGCGAGCGAGAGAGAGCUUACAAUUAAAAAAGAAGCGGAUCGUUGAAGCAAAAUUAUUCGAAUAAAAAUGUAAAUAAUUCGUUUUUUUAGUAGCUAUAUACUUUUAUCGGAAAAGGCGCACAUACCAUUACUUGUACCAUACUUUUUGCCGCGCACUUCACCAUAUAAAAAAUUUUUACUUAGCUGCGUGUUCCUCUUUACAAUGAUUGCAUCGUUUUUUACGAGCUCGAUUGAAAAAAACGCAAAUUUCCGAAGUUAGUUAUAAUGUUCUCCUUACUGCCACUAGGUGGAAUUAUUAAUAUAAAUAUAUAAAUAGAAGAAUGUAUAAAGAUACAAAAAAAAAAAAAAAANNAAAAAAAAAAAAAACAAAAAAAAAGAAACCUAAAGUACAUAGCAGUUUUGGUACACUAUGAUAUUUUUACAAAUUGUAAUUGGAUAAGUCGUAACCGAGAGAUAAUAAAACACGAGAAUAAGUUUCACCAAA